CUAACUCCCUCCACAUUUCACCCACUUUGACUUAAAACUCUCUUUCUCUCUCUCACAAUGACCAUCCCACUUAAUCCUACGGCUGACAUUUUUUCUACUAGAUUUCCCUAAAUACCCCUGGUAACGUUUAAAAUACGAGGACCCGCUCUGGACUGGAGUGUCAAUCUCGUAUUCGGAAAAGACAAGGGCAUUGUCGUCAGAGAAAUAUUGUUUUAGCUUCUCUCUCUGUCUGUUAUAGUUGAUUAGUGGAGUUUUGCAAAAUGUCGAGAAAUAGUAAAGUUUAAGUUUUUCUUCUUCUUCUUCGUCUUCUUCUUCCCGUUGAAGCUGCUCGAUUUUUAUGGGUUUGGCAAUGCGAGCUUCGUUAAUGGAGGUUGUUGCAUUUUGAGUUUAUUUAUUUGUUUUUCUUGAGCUGUGGUGAUAAAGGUCACCGAGUCCUACGAAGGCGAGGAUCGGAGAUGUUGGACGGGCUUCUUGGUCGGGGUUUUACUUCCAAAUGUAAAUCGUUGAUUAAAUUGACCAAGACUCGAAUCGAUGUAAUAAGGAGAAAGAAAAACGCAACUCAGAAAUUUCUGAAGAAAGAUGUUGCUGAUCUACUUGCCAAUGGCCUUGAUAUCAACGCUUAUGGAAGGGCAGAGGGACUUCUGGUCGAGGUGAUCCUGUCUUCUUGCUACGAAUUUGUUGAGCGAUGCUGCGAUGUGGUACUAAAACAUCUUUCUACAAUGCAGAAACAGAGGGAAUGCCCCGAGGAGUGUAGGGCAGCUGUGGCGUCCCUGAUGUUUGCUGCAGCACGAUUUUCUGACUUACCUGAGUUACGUGACCUCAGGCAAAUGUUUUAUGAGAGAUAUGGAAAUUCCCUUGAAUUGUUUAGAAAUGAAGAGUUUGUUGAGAAUUUAGCAUCAAAGCCUUCCACAUUGGAAAAUAAAGUUCGUUUAAUGAAAGAUAUAGCAUUAGAGUUUUCAAUAAAGUGGGAUGCCAAAGCCUUUGAACAAAGAAUGAACAAACCGCCCACACUUCCACAGGACCCUCCCAAAGCUCGUGGGCCUUUCUAUCUUGGUGAUGAUAAAAGCAAUUUGAUUAAUGGGAAAGAUAAGGCUCUCAAAGCAGAUAGGCCUGGCAUUUUGUUUAAUGAAAGGUUUGACCUCAAUGGUGCUCACAAAUCAGGAAAGGAAAAAGACAGUUCUGUCUCAAAAAUGGAUGCAGUUGGCUUUCAUACCAGGCCCCCGAGGAAUGGAUUUAAUUCGCACAAUGGUUGUGAAGAAAAUGUCAAGAAAAAAGACAGUCAUGAUAAUUUGCUUCGAGGGAGGAGAGAAAAUGGUUUUGAUAUACAGGUGGCUUUGAAUUUGGAGGAGGCUACCCCAAAAACAGUUCGAUCAGGUACUUCAUCCCACAGAGAAAGAUUAGAUCCUAUAGAUGCCUCAUUCAAGCAGCAAUAUGGCAGAGAGAAAAGCAUUUUGAUAACUGAUUGCCAGGACUCUUCAUUAAAUGUAAAGCCAGUUAUAGCCAGCCCACAGAUGAAGAUCAAUGGUAAAGAAAAGUUGUCUGACGAUAACUUUGGUGGUCAGCACAUCACCGAAAGUUAUGCAGGCAAGGAUGAAGCUAAUCCUAGGCCCAAGCCCUAUUACAAUAAUGCAAUCCCACCUCCUUAUGUCAAACGUGGUGAUAAAUCUAAAAGUAGGAAACCUGUUUCCCAUCCUGGAUCUUCAGAUGAUGGUUUGAAUGGUAACGAUUUAGCUCAGGAUAGAGUCAAUGCUGGUCAUAUGGCUGUAGUACACCGAGGAUCCGAUCAUUCUGAUCAAGAAAGGCAUCAUGAUGGAUCUGAAAAAGCUAACCUACAUAAUGAUGAGAAGGAUCGUAUUUAUCCUGAGGGUGUAACUGGGAAUCCUAUACCAAAACCAAGAUCAUCCAGGAGGAGACACUCAAAAUCACGGCCAGGUCAAAGUGAGGCUGGCAACCUUGAAGAUGAUGGAGCUUUACCAACAAAAUCAAGAAGCAGAAGAAGGGAUGACUCAAGACGAGGCCUACAAAUAUUGUUUGACGAUGAACACCAUCGAACUGAUGAGGAGGAGAGAAUAAUUGACAAGUUGCUAAUUCAUUACAGUAAAAAGCCUACUGCCCAUGAAGCAGGAAAACUGAGAAAGAAGUCUUCCAGAAGUCGACAUGCACAUCACAGUGUUAAUGACAUGGUUGAAUCCCCUCAAAAUGGAAGCAGGGUUGGGUCUGACAAGGAGCCACCAAUGAUCCCUCCUGCUGCACGAUCAAUUUCACUCCCUCAUGAACACUCAGGGCCAUCAGCGGCGACGAAAGUAUUUGCUCGUGCAGCGUCCUUUCAACCUGAGCGAUCAGAGGGAGCUAACCAUGUGCAUCCCAAGUUGCCAGAUUAUGAUGACUUGGCUGCCCGUUUUGCAGCCUUGAGAGGAAGGUAAACCAUUCACAUCAGAAUCUACAUUGUAAUCAGCAGUAUGAUUCUGACCAUUGUCGUCUUGGUUUCCUUGAGUGGCUCUAUGAGUGUCUUUUUUUUGAGUAAAAUCACCAAAAGAAAACGUUUUAGUUAUUACGUUUGAGUAGCUCCACGAAGUUUAUCUUCCACAUCUUAAUCUCUAUAGCAUAAUUACCCCAUAUCAAUACCAUUUUUAGACCUCAUCAUUGUAAAAGUUACUAAUGCGUGCAGAUUCAGUUAAUAGAGGUUAUAAUUCCAGAGAAGUUGAGUUUAAGGGUUGAGAUUGCAUGUAUUUUUUUUUCACCAAAUAUCUUUGACAAAUAAAAAUUGUUACUAAGGUUUUACUGCCCAAA